CCUGUCUCAAAUUCCGACUGUGGGCUCCUCGACGCCAAGGCACUCCAAUUGUUGCAAGCCCCUGCUCUGGAGUGCACACCAGGACUUGGUCUGGAUCCAGGUCUAGAUCCCUCAGCAUUUGUGCCGUUCUGCUCACCCUGGGUCCCAUACGGUGAACAGUCCGAGUCAGUGGUAACUGGAGGGUAACGUGGUCAGAGGGACAGCCAGACUGACCAAUGGGAUCAGGGAAGCUGGCCCAGGUGCUGCUGGGAUGGGCGGCCAUGUGUUUAGCGGCGGUCCACGUAGGGUGCGCUCAGACGGGGGACGGACCGUACCAGGCUAGCCGCUUCACUGGCGCUGUGGACCAGAGAGAGGUGCAGAGGGUUCGGCGCCGGGGUCAGGAAACACUGAGAGGGCCCAAUGUGUGCGGCUCUCGCUUCCACUCCUACUGCUGUCCCGGCUGGAAGACCCUGCCUGGGGGGAACCAGUGUAUCGUCCCCAUCUGCAGGAACUCAUGUGGCGAAGGUUUCUGUUCCAGACCCAACAUGUGUACCUGCUCUAACGGCCAGCUCUCUCCCAGCUGUGGAGCAGGAGCAGGAGUCCAGUCCUGUAAUGUCAGGUGUAUGAACGGAGGCAGCUGCCAGGAGGACUCAUGCACCUGCCAGAAGGGCUACACAGGCAGUCACUGUGGACAGCCUGUGUGUGAGAACGGCUGCCAGAACGGGGGGCGCUGCAUCGGGCCAAACAGAUGCGCCUGUGUCUACGGCUUCACUGGCCCACAGUGCGAGAGAGACUACCGGACCGGGCCGUGCUUCACCCAGGUGCACAACCAGAUGUGCCAGGGACAGCUCAGCGGCAUCGUCUGCACCAAGACCCUCUGCUGCGCUACUAUUGGCCGGGCUUGGGGCCACCCGUGUGAGCAGUGCCCCGCCCAGCCACACCCCUGCAGACGAGGCUUCAUUCCCAACAUCCGAACCGGAGCCUGCCAAGAUGUGGAUGAGUGCCAGGCUGUGCCAGGCCUGUGCGCAGGAGGAAACUGUAUCAAUACAGUGGGAUCCUACGAGUGCAAGUGUCCUGCGGGCCACCGUCAGAGUGACACCAGCCACAAAUGUGAAGAUAUUGAUGAGUGCAGCACCAUCUCGGGUGUGUGUGAUGGAGGAGAAUGCACCAACACUGCUGGCAGCUACGUCUGCACCUGUCCACGAGGCUACAUCACCAGCACAGAUGGUUCCAGAUGUGUGGACCAGCGUGUGGGGACGUGCUUCUCCGCCCUGGCGAACGGGCGCUGCGCUGCCGAGCUGACCGGCCAGUUUACCAAGAUAAAGUGCUGCUGUGACACCGGCCGCUGCUGGGCUUUGGGACAGAUCCCCGAGAUGUGUCCUGUGAGAGGGUCUGAUGAGUACAGGCGUCUGUGUAUUGCGGGCGUUCCUCAGGGACACGGUCUCCCUAACGGCUACCCCAAUGGUCACCUCCCCAACGGGCACUUCCCCAAUGGUAACGGCAACGGCUACGGCUACGGAUACAAGUUCCCCAACGGAAACGGGAAUGGUGGAGGUAUUGGCGGGAACGGAGGUGGAGGAGUUGGGGGAGGAGGCUUUGGCGGCAAUGGAGGAGGACUUUUGACCCCACCAAACAUAGGCACGGUCUCAGUGAACAGCACCAUUGAUGUGUGCAAACAUUUCACCAACCUGUGUCUGAAUGGGCGCUGCAUUCCCACACCCACCAGCUACCGCUGUGAAUGUAACAUGGGCUACAAGCAGGACGUACGCGGGGAGUGUAUCGAUGUGGAUGAGUGUGUCAGUAACCCGUGCAUCAAUGGAGACUGCGUCAACACACCUGGAUCAUACCACUGCAAGUGUCACGAGGGCUACCAGGGAACCCCAACCAAACAAGCCUGCAUCGAUAUUGACGAGUGCAUUGUGAAUGGAGUGAUGUGCCGUAAUGGACGCUGUGUCAACACGGAGGGAAGCUUUCAGUGUAUCUGCAACGCCGGCUUUGAGCUCACCCCUGAUGGGAAGAACUGCAUUGACCACGACGAGUGUGCCACCACCAACAUGUGCCUCAACGGCAUGUGCAUCAACGAGGACGGCAGCUUCAAGUGUAUCUGCAAGCCCGGCUUCGCUCUGGCAUCUAACGGACGCUACUGCACUGACAUCGAUGAGUGCCAGACACCGGGCAUCUGCAUGAACGGCCGCUGCAUCAACUCUGAGGGCUCGUUCCGCUGCGAGUGCCCGCCCGGCCUCGCCAUUGAUGUGGAUGGGAGAGUGUGUGUGGACACACACAUGAGGACCACCUGCUACGGUGCCAUAAAGAUGGGCACGUGCUCACGGCCGUUCCCCGGUGCAGUGACCAAGUCAGAGUGUUGCUGUGCCAACCCUGAACAUGGCUUCGGAGAGCCGUGCCAGCCCUGCCCCUCUCGAAACUCAGCUGAGUUCCAGGCCGUGUGCAGCAGUGGCAUUGGCAUCACAGCUGAUGGCAGAGACAUCAACGAGUGUGCCCUGGACCCAGACAUCUGUCAGAACGGCAUGUGUGAGAACCUGAGAGGAAGCUACCGCUGCAUCUGCAACAUCGGCUACGAGUCCGACUCCAGUGGCAAGAACUGUGUUGACAUCAACGAGUGUUUGGUGAACCGUCUGCUGUGUGACAACGGCCUGUGUAGAAACACCCCCGGCUCAUACACCUGCUCCUGUCCUAAGGGCUUUGUCUUCAAGCCCGACUCAGAGACGUGCGAAGAUAUCAACGAGUGCGAGUCCAGCCCGUGCAUCAACGGAGCGUGUCGAAACGUGGCCGGGUCCUUCAACUGUGAAUGCUCCCACGGCAGCAAGCUGGACUCCACUAACACCAUCUGCGUGGACAGUAUGAAGGGCACGUGCUGGCUGAACAUCCAAGAUGGCCGCUGCGAGGUCAACAUCAACGGAGCUACGCUGAAGUCCGAGUGCUGCUCCACGCUGGGAGCCGCCUGGGGCAGCCCCUGUGAACGCUGCGAGAUCGACACCGCCUGCUCUCGAGGGUUUGCUCGUAUGAAGGGAGUCAACUGUGAAGACAUUAACGAGUGUGAGGUUUUCCCUGGAGUGUGUACAAACGGCCGGUGUGUGAACACCCAGGGCUCCUUCCGCUGCGAGUGUGCUGAAGGUCUCACCUUGGACGGCAGUGGGCGCACGUGUGUGGACAUCCGCAGCGAGCAGUGCUACAUGAAGUGGCACGAGGAUGAGUGUGGCCAGCCCUUGCCGGGCCGAUACCGCGUGGACAUGUGCUGCUGCUCGGUGGGCGCCGCCUGGGGCAUCGACUGUGAGGAGUGUCCCAAACCGGACACGCCGGAGUACCGGGCCAUCUGCCCCCGAGGGCCCGGCUUCGCCAACAGGGGAGACAUUCUGACCGGCAGGCCUUUCUACAAAGAUGUGAAUGAGUGUAAGGUGUUCCAGGGUCUGUGCACACAUGGAACGUGCCGGAACACCAUCGGCAGCUUCAAGUGUCGCUGCAGCAGUGGUUUCGCCCUGACCGCCGAAGAGAGGAACUGCACAGACAUUGACGAGUGCCGUAUUUCCCCCGACCUGUGUGGUCACGGUACUUGUGUCAACACGCCUGGCAGCUUCGAGUGUGAGUGCUUUGAGGGCUACGAGAGUGGCUUCAUGAUGAUGAAGAACUGCAUGGACAUCGAUGAGUGCGAGAGGAACCCCCUGUUGUGUCGCGGAGGAACCUGCCUGAACACAGAGGGGAGUUAUGAGUGUGAAUGUCCCCCUGGACACUCGCUCAGCAGCGAUGGAUCUGUCUGCGAAGAUGUGAACGAGUGCCAGCUGAGCGAUAACUUGUGUAAGAACGGCCAGUGUGUCAACGUGGUGGGAACCUACCAGUGCUCCUGUGACACGGGCUACCAGGCCACACCCGACCGACUGGGCUGCGUCGAUAUCGAUGAGUGCACCAUUAUGAACGGAGGCUGUGACACCCACUGCACCAACUCGGAGGGCAGCUACGAGUGCAGCUGCAGUGAGGGCUACGCUCUCAUGCCUGACCUCAGGACCUGCGCAGAUAUCGAUGAGUGUGAGGAGAGCCCGGACAUCUGUGAUGGAGGGCAGUGCACCAACAUCCCAGGGGAAUACCGCUGCCUGUGCUACGAUGGCUUCAUGGCUUCCAUGGACAUGAGGACUUGCAUUGAUGUGAACGAGUGUGACUUGAACCCAAACAUCUGUCUCCACGGCGACUGCGAGAACACCAAAGGCUCCUUCAUCUGCCACUGUCAGCUGGGAUACUUUGUCAAGAAGGGCUCCACGGGCUGCACAGAUGUUGAUGAAUGUGAGAUUGGGGCUCAUAACUGCGACAUGCACGCCGCCUGUGUCAAUGUUCCCGGAAGCUUUAAAUGUCGCUGCCGAGACGGCUGGAUUGGAGACGGCAUCAAGUGCGUGGACCAGGACGAGUGCUCUGCAGAGGACCAUAACUGCAACCCCAACGCAGACUGUGUCAACACACCAGGGUCCUACCGCUGCACAUGCAAGGAGGGAUUCAACGGAGAUGGCUUCUCCUGCUCAGAUAUGGAUGAGUGUGCGGACAACGUGAACCUGUGUGAGAACGGCCAGUGUCUGAAUGCUCCAGGUGGCUACCGGUGCGAGUGUGAGAUGGGCUUCACUCCCACAGAGGACAGCAAGGCCUGUCAAGACAUUGAUGAGUGUAAUUUCCAGAACAUCUGUGUGUUUGGAACGUGCCAGAACCUCCCGGGCAUGUUCCGCUGUGUGUGUGACGACGGUUACGAACUGGACCGCAGCGGAGGAAACUGCACAGACAUCAACGAGUGCGCAGACCCGGUGAACUGCAUCAACGGCCUGUGUGUAAACACCCCGGGGAACUACAUGUGCAACUGCCCCCCUGACUUUGAGCUCAACCCCACUGGAGUGGGCUGCGUGGAUACUCGCGUUGGCAACUGUUUCCUGGACACGCUGGCUCGCGGUGACGGAGGAAUCUCGUGCAGCGCGGAGAUCGGAGUGGGCGUGACCAGAGCGUCCUGCUGCUGCUCCCUGGGAGGGGCCUGGGGAAACCCCUGUGAACUCUGCCCUGCCCCCAACUCCACUGAAUAUAAGACUCUUUGUCCUGGAGGAGAGGGAUUCAGACCCAACCCCAUCACUGUCAUCCUGGAAGAUAUUGAUGAGUGCCAGGAGCUGCCAGGCCUGUGCCAGGGUGGAAACUGUGUCAACACCUUUGGCAGCUUCCAGUGUGAGUGCCCAGCAGGCUACUAUCUCAACGAGGAGACUCGCAUCUGUGAGGAUAUUGAUGAGUGCACAACACACAUUGGCAUCUGUGGGCCUGGUACCUGCUACAACACCCUGGGCAACUACACCUGUGUGUGUCCCCCUGAGUACAUGCAGGUCAACGGAGGAAACAACUGCAUGGACAUGAGAAAGAGUGUGUGUUACCGCAACUUCAAUGACACAUGUGAGAAUGAGUUGUCCUUCAACAUGACUAAGAAGAUGUGCUGCUGUGCCUACAAUGUGGGCAAAGCCUGGAACAAGCCCUGCGAGGCCUGUCCCACACCUGCUACCUCGGAGUACCAGUUGCUUUGUGGGAACCAGGCUCCCGGCUUCAUCAUUGACAUCCACACAGGCAAACCAAUCGAUAUUGAUGAGUGCAGGGAGAUCCCUGGUAUCUGUGCCAAUGGAGUGUGUAUCAACCAGAUAGGAAGCUUCCGCUGUGAAUGUCCCAUGGGUUUCAGCUACAACAACAUACUGCUCAUCUGUGAAGAUAUUGAUGAGUGUAACAGCGGGGACAACCUGUGCCAGCGCAACGCCAACUGUAUCAACAUUCCAGGCAGCUACCGCUGCGAGUGCUCGCCGGGCUUCAAGCUGUCCCCCAGCGGGGCCUGUGUAGACCGUAAUGAGUGCCAGGAGAUUCCUAACGUGUGUAGCCAUGGAGAAUGUGUCGACACCCAGGGAAGCUACCGCUGUGUCUGCCACAAUGGCUUCAAGGCUACUGCUGACCAGACCAUGUGCCUGGACAUUGAUGAAUGUGACAGGCCUCCAUGUGGUAAUGGCACCUGUAAAAACACAGUGGGAUCCUACAACUGCCUCUGCUUCCCCGGUUUCGAGCUCACACACAACAACGACUGCAUGGACAUCGAUGAAUGCAGCGCCCUCCAAGGCCAAGUGUGCAGGAAUGGACAGUGUAUUAACGGCCUGGGCUCCUUCCAGUGUCUGUGCCAGGAGGGUUAUGAGAAUACUCCAGAUGGAAAGAACUGUGUCGAUGUCAACGAGUGUGUGAGUCUGCCCGGCACUUGUUCUCCGGGGACUUGUCAGAACCUGGAUGGGUCUUUCCGAUGCAUUUGCCCUCCUGGGUACGAGGUGCAAAACGACCAGUGUAUAGAUAUCAACGAGUGUGAGGUGGAGCCCAACAUCUGCCAGUAUGGCACGUGCACCAACACCCCCGGCAGCUUCCAGUGCAUCUGCCAGCCCGGCUUUGUGCUGUCUGACAACGGACGGCGCUGCUUCGACACCAGAGAGAGUUUCUGUUUCACCAAAUUUGAGGCUGGGAAAUGCUCCGUCCCAAAAGCCUUCAACACCACCAAGGCCAAGUGCUGCUGCAGCAAGAUGCCUGGAGAGGGCUGGGGACUGCCCUGUGAGCUGUGCCCACGAGAGACCGAGGCUGCUUUUGACAGUCUGUGCCCCUACGGCCAUGGAGCCUUGCCUGGACUGGGUGAUGCCCGUGAAGAUAUGAAUGAGUGUCUGGACAGCCCGGGCAUCUGCCAGAACGGCAUCUGUAUCAACACAGACGGCUCGUUCCGCUGCGAGUGCCCCUUCGGCUACAACCUGGAUUACACUGGAGUCAACUGUAUCGACACUGAUGAGUGCUCCAUAGGAAACCCCUGUGGAAAUGGAACCUGCACCAACGUGGUGGGAGGAUUCGAGUGUUCAUGCCAGGAGGGCUUUGAGCCUGGACCAAUGAUGACCUGUGAAGACAUCAAUGAGUGCUCCCAGAACCCCCUGCUGUGUGCUUUCCGUUGCGUCAACACCUUUGGUUCCUACGAGUGCACGUGCCCCUCUGGCUACGUGCUGCGGGACGACCACCGCAUGUGCAGAGACCAGGAUGAGUGCUCGGAGGGUCUGGAUGACUGUGACUCCAAGGGCAUGACCUGUAAGAACCUGAUCGGUACCUUCAUGUGUAUCUGCCCCCCUGGAAUGCAGCGCAGACCGGACGGGGAGGGAUGUAUGGACCUGAACGAGUGUCGUGCCAAGCCUGGUAUCUGCAAGAACGGCCGCUGUGUUAAUACAGUGGGUAGCUACCGCUGCGAGUGCAACGACGGCUUCGAACCAAGUUCCACUGGCACUGAGUGUAUCGACAACCGACAGGGCUUCUGCUACACGGAGGUUCUCCAGACGAUGUGCCAGCAGUCGUCCACCAACAGGAACAGUGUCACCAAGUCUGAGUGCUGCUGUAACACCGGCCGAGGCUGGGGGCCGCAGUGCGAGCUCUGCCCGCUGCCCGGCACCGUGCAGUACACCAAGAUGUGCCCUGUUGGACCUGGCUACACCACCGAUGGCAGAGACAUCAACGAGUGCCACGUGAUGCCAGAUCUGUGUAAGAACGGCCAGUGCAUCAACACCAUUGGAUCUUUCCGCUGCCACUGCAACAUCGGCUACAAAACGGACUUCACAGAAACGUCCUGUGUUGAUAUGGAUGAGUGCUCCCAGUCUCCGAAACCCUGUAACUUCCUGUGUAAAAACACCGAGGGCAGCUACCUCUGCUCCUGCCCCAGAGGAUACACCCUGCAGCCAGAUGGAAAGACCUGCAAAGAUCUGGAUGAGUGUUCAACCAAGCAGCAUAACUGUCAGUUCCUCUGUGUCAACACCAUUGGUGGCUUCACCUGCAAAUGUCCGCCUGGCUUCACCCAGCAUCAGACCGCCUGCAUCGACAAUAACGAGUGCACAGCCCAGAACUCUGUGUGUGGGUCCCGCGCCUCCUGUAUCAACACGCCUGGAAGCUUCAACUGUGAAUGCUCUAAAGGUUUCUCUCUGGACAGCACAGGCCUGGAGUGUGAGGAUGUGGAUGAGUGCAGCAGUAACCACCGCUGUCAGCACGGCUGUCAGAACAUGCUGGGAGGCUUCCGCUGUGGCUGCCCUCAGGGCUACGUCCAGCACUACCAGUGGAACCAGUGUGUGGAUGAGAACGAGUGCCAGGCAGCGGCAGUGUGUGGCUCCGCGUCCUGCUACAACACACUGGGCAGCUACAAGUGUGUGUGUCCCUCUGGCUUUGACUUUGAGCAGAGUGCUGGCGGCUGCCAGGAUGUGAACGAGUGUGCCAUGGGCAGCAACCCCUGCAGCUACGGCUGCUCCAACACAGACGGAGGCUACCUGUGUGGCUGUCCUGGAGGUUACUAUAGAGCUGGACAGGGUCACUGUAUAACCGGCCCAGGGUUCCCAGGCCAGUUUGGUGAGGGCGAUCAGGAUGACAGUCUGUCUCCUGAGGCCUGCUAUGAGUGUAAGAUCAACGGAGGAGGAAAGGCUGGACGACACAGACGCAAUGCUGGUGCUAAUGAGCUGAACCAGGAGCCAGCAGUGAGUAUGGCCAGCAUGGACACACUGGCCUCCAUCCCCAUGAACCUCUCCCUGGCCUCGGUGCUCAACAAGGAGCCUCUGCUGGAGCUCCUGCCCGCCCUGCAGCCCCUGGAGCACCACGUACGCUAUGUCAUCACCCACGGCAACGCUGACGAGCACUUCCGCCUGCUGGAGCGUCGCGACGGGAAGAGCGUGCUGCGGCUCGGCAGGAGGCCGCCUCCACCGGGCGUUUACCGGCUGGAAAUCGCCAGCCUGCCUCUGUUUGGGCCCCGAAAACUACACCAGCUGGAGGAGCAGCACGACAGCGACUACCUACUGGGAGAGAUAGGAGAAGCCCUGCGCAUCAAGCUCCACAUCCACCUGCACUGAGCUGAGCAUGCUCACACUCCUGCCCUGGACUGAACCCUGAACCCUGAACCCUGAACCCUGAACCCCUGACCUUUUAUUCCCUAACUCCCCUCCCCACUCCUUCUGCAGGACCAUCCCCACCAGCCAGGGGGAAUCAAGGGCUAUGAAAGACUGAGUCAACCAGCCCAACUCUACCACCACUUUGUUACUGUUUAUUUUAUUGUCUGUUGUUUCAUGUUUGUUACCCUGCCUACACUUCCCCUUGUGCCCGUCCACUCUCACCCGACCCAGCACUCAUGCUCCGCUGAGAGAGCCAGCGGAGGAGAUGGCAGAGAGGUGCCCAGUGUACAGACCACAGCCCCUUCCAGACACACACACAAAAAAAAAACGUCUGACAGGUGGCCAACAGGUCCAUGAAGCACUUCCAGAAAACAAAUUACUCACAAAAGGGUUUUUAUUCGAAACUGAUAAAGUGCUGAGAGUGGCCAAAAACUGUCUUGAUGCAACAAUGUGUGGUAGUCUUAAAAUUUCAGCACAGGAGCAACAGUGUCAAAUCUUGUUUUAGCUGAGUGGAAAUCAGGGGUCUGGCCUUACAGCAGGCCACCUGCGGUCCGAGCACUCUCACACCUCUCUGCGAUCUAGGUGAAAUCACAACACUGGGGAACAAGGUUUGUCACGUCCGCCCUACUCAGUAUUGUAGCGUACCAAUUAAUGUAUUUGUACUGUUCGAAAAAUGUUCACACGAAGGACUGCGACAUUUUACACAGCAUUUCAGGUUCUUUAGUCCACAGCGGUCUGCUUAGCUUCACACCAAACAGUUCUCUUCAGAUCAGAAAUAACAAGCUGGAUUCUGUUGACUUUUGUCAUGCCCUCAGGCGAUGACAAGCAGGGAUUAGUGCGUUUGCGUGUGUGUGUGUGUGUGCUGUCAUGUUUUGGUUACCUCGGUGCUUCUCACUAAAGUAUACCCCAUGAUGGCAAAUGGAAACUAUGCUGUGAUGCUGGCUUUAUAACAAAAGAGGGUGCUAUUAUCCCUCAGCAUCCAUCAUGUCCUAGAAGAACAGCAGUCAGUGGCUCAUAGAAUUAAAAGAAGAUAGAGCAGGUCAGAUUUGUAUUUAUCCUUUAGAGAUUCAGACUUCAGGUGCACUGAUUUUGGACCUGGGAGCCAGCUUCAUCAUUACGUUCUUCAUUUAAGAGCCUUUUAGCUCCUCAUGGUGCAGCAGUUUUACCACACACUUGACAAAGAGAAUAAGCUGAUUUUAUACGACUUUACCAUGAGCUAAAAGUCUGAGCGUUCAGCCUCGUUUACAUGGGUGAACCAUCUCCCACGCACGGAGAGAGACUCAACUGGAGACUGAAAACAGUAACGACCUCAAAGGUACAUGACAUCUUAACAUUACCUAAGCUGUCACUAAAGCUAGAGUUUAGCUAUUUGACACACAAGCACAAGGGCAUGCACAGGUGAACACCAAACCUCACUCAAACCAAACGUACGUCAGGUCAUCUUUCAUUUCUCGUGAUUUUUUUUUCUCCAAGAGAAAAAAAAAAGGUGCUAGAGUAUACCAUCUCUUACGCUGUACAAAGAAAAUGCAGUCUUGAAUCUGGAUUGCAAAAGUGACAUUUUUGCUAGGUUUUAUUGUUGUGUGUGUCUGUCUUUUGUAUUGUCUCAAUGCUGAAAAACCAAUAUUAUCAAACUUGCUUCUUGAAAAUUAAAUUGUAUAUUUUUAAGUGAAAUGUAGAUGGUUUUUUUAUGUUUUGUUGUUGUUGUUAUUUUUUUUUUUUAAUGUCAAGGCUGCCAAACCAAAUACUUAUUGUCAACCCAAAAUUGAAGGCCUUAAAGUGCUGGUGACUUGGUUUGCUCAGAAAAAAAAAAAUAGAAAUGCAGCAUCCUUUUUGUUGAUAACUGAAGGUGUCCUGUCAAACCACGGUUCACCAA